AUGACUACGAAUUCAAAAUGGCCUGAGAUACAAGAGAUGAUGAAACAUCUGCCUGGUGUGAAUGUGGCCGAUGCUCCAGAUGUGGUUGCACUGAUGCACGUCAUUGAAUUUCAAAAACGUGGCCUGCCACAUGCUCAUAUGUUGAUCUGGCUCGACGACAGGGAUAAGCCUAAGACUGCGGAGCAAAUUGACAAGUUAGUGAGUGCAGAAAUACCAGAUGAGCACGAGGAUAGCAUUGGAUACAAUGCGGUGAAAAAUUAUAUGAUCCAUGGUCCAUGCGGUAAAGAUGCAACUUAUUCCGCUUGCAUGGUCAAUGGCAGAUGUGGACGUCAUUUUCCCAAGAGGUAUAAUGGAGUUACAUGUUUUGAUGAAUCUGGGUUUCCCAUAUACCGGCGUCGCAACACUGGAAGGACUGUGUUGAGAAAAGGUGUGAUACUUGAUAAUAAAUUUGUUGUUCCUUACAACAGGGAAUUGUUGCUUCGUUUUCAGUGUCACAUCAACCUAGAAAUAUGCAAUAAUUCACGAUCUUUGAAGUACUUAUUUAAGUAUUGCCUAAAAGGCCAUGACACUGCUACAAUGCUUCUAAAGCGGAAGAAUGAUAAUUCUGCGAACAUUGCAUCAGCAGCCUCCAAGUCCAAGAUAUUUGAUGAAGUUAAACAUUACUUGGAUGGUCGAUACGUGUGUGCAUCUGAAGCUGCGUGGAGGAUAUUGGGUUUUGAUAUUCAUUCAAGAUGGCCAUCUGUUGAUCGUCUACCAAUUCAUCUACUAGAGAGCAAAUACGUGAGCUUCAAGACAGGAGAUUCCCUUCAAAAUGUUUGCAAACGUGCAGAUGCGAAAAUGAGCAAACUUGAGGCUUGGUUCGUAGCAAAUCAAAAGCUUCCAGAGGCUAGGAAUUACACAUAUGCUGAGUUUCCUACAUAUUUUACAUGGCUCCCCAAAGAGUGCAAGUGGAAAUAUAGGCAGAGAGGUGAGGUUGUUGGCAGGCUAUCGGAAGUUCAUCCAACUGCUGGUGACCUGCUCUAUCUUCGAAUGUUGUUGUUACGGAAAAAGGGAUGUACUAAAUUUGAGGAUCUUCGCACUAUCGAUGGAGUGUUGCACGAUACAUAUAAAGAGGCAUGUGGUGCCUUGGGAUUGUUGCAGAAUGAUAAACAGUGGCAUGAUGCUUUGUCUGAGAAUGCACAAUCAUCAUUUCCUCAUCAACUUAGGGAGAUGUUUGUGAACAUCCUAUCUUACAGUUCUGUUGCCGAUCCUCAUUUCCUAUGGAAGUGUCACUGGAGGUGCAUGUCCGAAGACAUUUUAGUCAAGCGCCGUAAUGUGACUGGUAAUUUUGAACUAGAACUUACAGAGACCGACUUACAGAAUUAUGCACUUUCAGAAAUUGAGAAGCUCUUUAGCGAUAUUGGAAAAAGUUUGAGAGACUUCCCUGAUAUGCCAUUCCCACCAGAAAUUUACAUUUCAUCUGAUUCCAACCGACUCAUCGCUGAAGAAACUUCCUAUGAUGUUCAAGAAAUGAAGGAAAAACACGACACUAAUCAUAAAAAACUUAAUGCAGAGCAGAAGAUUGUUCACGACUCAGUCAUAAAGUCUGUUAAUACGAAGGAAGGUGGUCUUUUCUUUGUACACGGUUCUGGCGGUUGUGGUAAGACUUUCCUAUGGCAGACGAUAAUUGCUGCACUUCGUGCCAACCGCCAGAUAGUUCUCCCUGUGGCAUCUUCUGGGAUUGCUGCCACGCUUCUCCCUGGUGGGAGGACCGCUCACUCUCGCUUCCACAUACCUCUCAAGCUUGAUUAG